AUGGACAAAAAGUCGCCUGAAGAUGAAAAGCCCGUCACGACUGCCGAGGGCACGGUAGGCCCGUAUGGCGAGACCAAGCGUGGUCUGACUUCCAGGCAUGUGCAGCUGAUGGCCAUUGGAGGCUCGAUCGGAACCGGUCUCUUCGUUGGAAUCGGGGCCUACCUGCAGGAUGCCGGGCCCCUGUCAAUCGUCCUGGGGUACCUCCUCUAUGGAUUCUUGUUCAUCUGGCCUUGCUAUCUGUGCGUGGGAGAGAUGUGCGCAUACCUGCCCAUCCGAGGCUCUAUCUUUGAGCUGGCCGCCCGAUACGUCGACCCGGCGUUUGCAUUUGCCAUGGGAUGGGUGUAUUUCUACGCCGGUGUGAUGUUAGUUUGUGUUGAAUACGCGGCCAUUGCAACGAUCAUGCAGUAUUGGACAACCAGCGUCAACCCGGCAGUGUGGAUCACCAUGGGAAUGGUCGUCUGUAUCAUCCUGAACAUCGUCGCCGUGGAAUGGUACGGAGAAAGCGAAUUCAUCAUGGCAUCCACCAAAGUUCUCUUGAUCAUCGGGCUCGUGCUGCUUACCUUCAUCACCAUGGUCGGCGGCAACCCUAACCACGACGCCUACGGCUUCCGCCACUGGACCGACGGCGUGAUGUACGAAUACUAUACUGACGGCCCUACCGGUCGCUUUCUUGGUCUCUUCAGCGUGAUGGUCUACGCUGCCUUCUCGUUAGCCGGUCCAGAUCUGCCCUCUCUCGCUGCAGGAGAAAUCCAGAACCCUCGAUACACCAUCCCGCGCGUCUGCAAGAUGAUCUUCUGGCGUAUCGUCGGCUUCUACGUAAUCGGAACCCUAGCCGUCAGCAUCAUCUGCGAUUCCCACGAUCCGGACCUAAUCAGCGCCAUCGAGAACGACAGCGGUGGCGCCGCCGCCUCCCCAUGGGUCAUCGGAAUCAAGCGCCUCAACAUCCACGGCCUCCCCGACCUCAUAAACAUCCUCAUCCUCUUCUCCGGCUGGUCUUGCGGGAACGCAUACGUCUACGCCUCCAGCAGAACCCUCUAUUCCCUCGCAAAGGACGGCCAGGCCCCCAAGUUCCUCCUCAAGUGCACCAAGGCCGGCGUCCCCAUCUACUGCGUCUUCACCGUCUCCCUCCUCACCUGCAUCACCUACCUCGCCGCCGAUACCUCCUCCGUCGAAGUCUUCUACUGGUUCAUCGACUUGACCACCUGCGGCCUCGUGCUCACAUACACCUGCAUGGUCGUCGUCUUCCUCUUCUGGUACCGCGCCCUCCGCGCCCAGAACAUCGACCGGCACACGUACCUCCCCUGGGUCGCACCGCUGAUGCCCUACUGGGCCAUCCUGGCACUGAUAGUCGGCGGCUCAGUGACUCUCUUCAACGGAUUCAACGUGUUCUCGCCCUGGGACACGCAAGGGUUCAUCACGAGUUACUUUGCGAUUGGGUUCUUCAUUGUCAUGUUUGCGUUCUGGAAGGUCUGGCACAAGACUAAGUUUGUUAAUCCCGCCGAGGCGGAUAUUGUCUCUGGCAAGGCGGAGGUGGAUGCUGAGUGUCGCAUUUGGGAGGAUGGGGGGUGGGAGGAGAGACGGAGGGCUGAGUUGGCGGAGAUGCAUUGGGCCAGGAGGUGGUGGGAGAAGAUGUGGUAG